AGUAGAGCAUUACAGAUGCUAGAGCAGCCUUUCCUUCAGUCCUGCUGCUCACUUUCUGUUGAGAAUGAAAACACAGCAGCCUAUUGUAUAGUGCCCAGGUUAUCAAUCUGGACUUGUUUGUUAGGGUAGAACUACAGAUUUUUGCACUUUCAACAUCCUUUCCCUUCAUUCUGAGCUUAUCUUUUGGAUAUGGGGGAACCAGAUAAAGCAUUAAACCGUCCCAUCUUCCGCAGAGAUGUAAACUGGGAACCCUUCCCAAACUGGACGCAGCCGAGCCGAAUCUUUGCGCAGGAUUUUGGCCUCCCACCUUUCCUGGACCCCAGCGAUAUAGACUGGAUCGACUGGUCAAAGAAGAGACUGGCUUCUUUCUCCUGGCCGGGGUAUGCACAAAAUCCCCUUCUGCCUCCAUUCAGUGGUCAGCACCCUGCAGCGUUGAACCCAAAGGCUCCACAACAGCUGACAAGUGGGGUGACAGAGAUCCGGACAGGGCAGGACAGCUGGAAGAUUAACCUGGACGUCAAUCACUUCUCGCCAGAGGAGAUUACAAUCACAACCAAGGAGGGAUAUUUGCAAAUAUCAGGAAAUCAUGAAGAAAAGCAGGAUGAUCAUGGAUCUGUUUCAAGGUGCUUCACCCGGAAAUACAAGUUGCCACAGGGGGUGGACUUGCAGCACAUCACUUCUUCUCUGUCAGGUGAUGGAGUCCUGUCCAUAGAGGCCCCGGCCCCCGGGACAUCCGUCAGCAAUCCAGCCAAUGAGAUUGUCAUACCUGUUCAGAUCAAACACACGCAGGACGGUGAAAAGUGAAGUAAGCUGGAAUUUGAAACCACCAUGAGACGUAGCAGGAACUGUUGUGUGUAGCAACUUUAGGUGCACUGUGCACAGGCAUACACCAAAUGUGUCCAUUCUUUAAUAACAAGCUUGUUUUAUUGCUAUAGGAGUCUGAUACUGUUUGUAUUGUCACCAUUACAAUUACUUUCAAAAAUGUAAUGCAGACUCAUCAAUAUAACACAGAAUCAACUGUGAACUGUACGGAGUUAUGUAUGUAUGUAUUCGUUUUAUUUGUCCCCGAGGGGAAAAUGGGUUGCAGCACAUCACAAAGGCAUUUAAAAAGUAAGACAAUACGUCACUGACAACAACAUAGACACAGAUUAAAACAAACAGACAUAAGAAAACCAGAUAUCGGCAGACAUGACAAGGGCCCUAUAGGCCCUCAUUUGCGAAAUAGCGGGGUCAGGGUCAGACCAGCUGGGUAAACAGUGCGUCCUAGCCAUAAUUUAUUUAGGAGUUUGAUGGCUUGUGGGACGAAAGACAGCCGAGAUCUGUUCUUUUUUAACAGAGGGGGACGAUAUCUCCGCCCGGAUGGCAACAGUUCAAAGUAAGAGGCAAGAGGGUGCCUCAGGUCACUCUGUCCUUGUAUAAGCAUUCUAUAUUAGCAAAUGAGAUUCCUGUCAAUUUAAUGGACAAUGUUAUGGCCCUCCUGACUGACUUUUUCUGUGCCUCAGUUGCGUUGCCGAACCAGCAUAUAAUGCCGAAGGAGAGCACACUUUCGAUAAAAGCAUGAUAAAACAUCUUCACCAUUCUGUUGCCGACAUUAAAAGACAAUAAUUUAUAUAUGCUUGUCAAUGCUUAUAACAAUGAUUAGUAUGACCUUGUCUUCCUAACAGCAUAGCAUCAUUUGUUAUGCACUUCUAAUAUCUUAAUUGAUUACAAAUAUUACCAGCUGUAGUUUUGUGACAUAAGCAACUGUUGAGAUUACGGCUGACAAUACUGGCCAAUAAUGGACAGUGGAAAUUGAGUAUUUAUAUCUCAGCAGCUUGUGUGUAUAGUUCUGUGUAACAUGACAAUAUAAUCAAUAAUACAUGUAGUUAUUCGUUUUACUUUGGCAAAGAGCAACCAUGUAAAAGCUGUACUAUAGAUUCAUUAUGUGUUUGUCCUUUAUGUUGUACAUUGAUGUAAUGAAUACCAACAUAAUGAAGCUGAUAUAUUAUCUUCCACAUAUGUAUUAAACAGCUUCUGCCAUAUAAAUAAAAACAUAUGUACAUUC